AUUUUGACAAGGUCUUUGAAAAAGCGGCGCGGCUAAUUCAAGAUGGCGGAGAUGGACCAGCUGUUAGACGAGAGCUCUUCAGCAGAGGCACUUGUCAGUCUAAAAGAGGGCAGUUUGUCCAACACUCUGAAUGAAAAGAACAGCUUCCCAAGAGCUCACAACACCAGGGGACGACAUUCCUCCCUCACAAUGGACACGCCCACACGGAGCUCAAAGAGGAGCCGUUUGUUUCGGGAGGAAGAUGAGCAGCCACAACAGCGUCUCCCCUCCAGAUCCCCUCGGAGGAGCCAGAGGGUCACCACCACACCACAGAAGUUUUCUAAUGUGGUGACACCAGAUAAAAAGGCAUCCCAGAAAAUAGGGCUGAGAUUAAGAAACCUCCUAAAGCUACCCAAAGCUCACAAAUGGUGCAUCUAUGAGUGGUUCUACUCCAAUAUUGACAGACCUCUUUUUGAGGGUGACAAUGAGUUCUGCCUGUGUCUCAAAGAGUCUUUCCCCAACUUAAAAACAAGAAAGCUGACAAGAGUUGAGUGGGGAACAAUCAGGAGACUGAUGGGAAAACCUCGACGGUGUUCAUCAGCAUUUUUUGCUGAAGAGCGAACAGCGCUGAGACAGAAGAGGCAGAAGAUGCGCCUGCUGCAGCAAAGAAAACUGUCUGACGUGUCGAACUGCAAAGACCUUCCUGAUGAAAUCCCCCUGCCUCUCAUCAUAGGAACCAAAGUCACUGCUCGACUCCGAGGUGUCCAUGAUGGGUUGUUCACUGGGCAGAUUGAUGCAGUGGACACCAGCGCUGCCACGUAUCGUGUCACCUUUGACCGCACUGGUCUGGGAACACACACUGUGCCUGACUAUGAAGUCUUGAGCAAUGAACCCAAUGAGACCAUGCCCAUUUCAGCCUUUGCCCAGAAGCACCGGACAACACGCUACAUGCAAAACCUCAUGACUCCACCCAGAGCGCCCUACCCGUCCGCUGCUACUCCUGUCCUUAUGGACAAUGACCCUCUUAUCAACCAGUCACCAUGGAGGAACAAACUGCCUGGUGCUGAGGGGGAUACUCUGGGAGGAUUUCCUGUCAAGUUCCUGGUCCAAGUGACGAGGCUGUCCAAAAUCCUCAUGAUCAAGAAAGAGCAUAUCAAGCACUUGAAAGAAAUGAACACAGAGGCAGAGAAACUGAAGUCGUACUCGAUGCCUAUUGACCUGGACUUCCAGAAACGAUAUGCGACCACAGUGCUUGAGCUGGAGCAGCUCAACAAAGAUCUCAAUAAGGUGCUGCAUGAAGUUCAGCAGUUUUGCUGUGAGCUCGCUCCAGAUCAGGGUAUGGUUCCAGCUGACCAUCCCACAGAGCUGCGGCGGCGUUGUGAAGAAGAGGCCCAGCAGAUGGUGCAGCUGAGUAACUCCCUGAAGGAUGGACAGCAGAGUGUGACAAACCCCAGCCUCACACACCUCAUCUCCCGCCUCACUGCUCUGCUCCUACAGAUCAAGUGUCUGGCAGAUGGAGGAGACCUGAAUUCAUUUGAGUUCAAAUCUCUAACAGACUCCCUUAAUGAUAUAAAGGCAUCAAUUGAUCCCUCCAACCUCAGUUGCUUCCAGAAUAAUGUUGAGAUCCAUGUGGCACACAUCCAGAGUGGCCUUAGUCAACUGGGCAAUCUGCAUGCGUUUGCUGCCAACAACACCAAUGCAGUCUGAGGACCUGCAUCGUCCUCACCACACACACAGGUGCAUGCACACCUACAAAUGUGUGGUCCAUUAAUACUGUCUUUUGAGAUGGUGCUUUCACCUGAACUGUCAAUAGACUGAACAAAAGCCUGCGUGGAUGUUGUGGACCACCUCUACACAAUCUGAAUUUGGAUGUCCCAGUGAAACGGCUCUGCCCAGGCUCCUGAUGCUUUGUGCUGAAGGGAGGGAGGAUGUCAGAAGUAUUUUACCCCCCCAUUUUAUUGUUUGAAAAUGUUUGUGCGCCCAAUUGAACACAAACCUGAAAGAGUCUUUCACUAUUCUAUUGCCACAAAUCCACUUCUCCAAACUUUCAAUGGUUAUUUAUUGGUUCAUUGUGCCAAACAUUGAUUCUUAGAGUUUUUAUAGUCCAUAUUUAUUUAUUUUUGAGUAGGUGUGUAUGGUUAUGAAACAAUAUUUUGCUAUCUCUAAAGUUUCCCCAGGUAAGUGUUGUGUUCUGUUGCUCCGCUGAUGGUAAGCACAGGGGAGGCUAAAGAAAUGUUUUAUAAAAUUGUUUAUUGUAGAUAAUUGUACAAUAUCUCUGAUUAUUAGGACUAUCGUCAACAUUUCUGCUGUGUAUUCAGAAAUGACUUUUGUAAUUUUGUGUGCACUGAAAAGAGAUUUUGGUAUUUUUAUAAAGGAGAACUCUGGGGUUUUGAUGCCUUUUACUCCCUAAGAUGAUCUUUGCAUUUCCACAUUUGGCAUGGCUGUUGCUGCAACCCCCACACUAAGCCUGCAUCACUGAUGUAACCCUGAAAAUUCAAGUCAACAGUUUUUUCCUAGAGAAUCUCCUUUUUCAGUUUUGUAAAGUUGUAUAUGAGAGUGCCUCAGGGCAAUUGUAUAUAAAUGUUUCCGUCUUUUUAUAUUAAACAUAAUAUUGCA